GGCGGGAAUCUGCGCAAGCUCGGCGGGAAUCUGCGCAUGCUCAGAGUUCCGGGGCACGGUUUCCCCGCCCCUUUCAGGCCUAGCAGGGAACGAAGCGGCUCUUCCCGCUAUCUGCCGCUAGUCCACCGGAAGCGAGUUGCGACCCGGCAGGUUCCCGCCCGGAAGAAGCGACCAAAGCGCCUGAGGACCGGCAACAUGGUGCGGUCGGGGAAUAAGGCAGCUGUUGUGCUGUGUAUGGACGUGGGCUUUACCAUGAGUAACUCCAUUCCUGGUAUAGAAUCCCCAUUUGAACAAGCAAAGAAGGUGAUAACCAUGUUUGUCCAGCGACAGGUGUUUGCUGAGAACAAGGAUGAGAUUGCUUUAGUCCUGUUUGGUACGGAUGGCACUGACAAUCCUCUUUCUGGUGGGGAUCAGUAUCAGAACAUCACAGUGCACAGACAUCUGAUGCUACCAGAUUUUGAUUUACUGGAGGACAUUGAAAGCAAAAUCCAACCAGGUUCUCAACAGGCUGACUUCCUGGAUGCACUAAUCGUGAGCAUGGAUGUGAUUCAACAUGAAACAAUAGGAAAGAAGUUUGAGAAGAGGCAUAUUGAAAUAUUCACUGACCUCAGCAGCCGAUUCAGCAAAAGUCAGCUGGAUAUUAUAAUUCAUAGCUUGAAGAAAUGUGAUAUCUCCCUGCAAUUCUUUUUGCCUUUCUCACUUGGCAAGGAAGAUGGAAGUGGGGACAGAGGAGAUGGUACCUUUCGCUUAGGUGGCCAUGGGCCUUCCUUUCCACUAAAAGGAAUUACCGAACAGCAGAAAGAAGGUCUUGAGAUAGUGAAAAUGGUGAUGAUAUCUUUAGAAGGUGAAGAUGGGUUGGAUGAAAUUUAUUCAUUCAGUGAGAGUCUGAGAAAACUGUGCGUCUUCAAGAAAAUUGAGAGGCAUUCCAUUCACUGGCCCUGCCGACUGACCAUUGGCUCCAAUUUGUCUAUAAGGAUUGCAGCCUAUAAAUCGAUUCUACAGGAGAGAGUUAAAAAGACUUGGACAGUUGUGGAUGCAAAAACCCUAAAAAAAGAAGAUAUACAAAAAGAAACAGUUUAUUGCUUAAAUGAUGAUGAUGAAACUGAAGUUUUAAAAGAGGAUAUUAUUCAAGGGUUCCGCUAUGGAAGUGAUAUAGUUCCUUUCUCUAAAGUGGAUGAGGAACAAAUGAAAUAUAAAUCGGAGGGGAAGUGCUUCUCUGUUUUGGGAUUUUGUAAAUCUUCUCAGGUUCAGAGAAGAUUCUUCAUGGGAAAUCAAGUUCUAAAGGUCUUCGCAGCAAGAGAUGAUGAGGCAGCAGCAGUUGCACUUUCCUCCCUGAUUCAUGCUUUGGAUGACUUAGACAUGGUGGCCAUAGUUCGAUAUGCUUAUGACAAAAGAGCUAAUCCUCAAGUCGGCGUGGCUUUUCCUCAUAUCAAGCAUAACUAUGAGUGUUUAGUGUAUGUGCAGCUGCCUUUCAUGGAAGACUUGCGGCAAUACAUGUUUUCAUCUUUGAAAAACAGUAAGAAAUAUGCUCCCACCGAGGCACAGUUGAAUGCUGUUGAUGCUUUGAUUGACUCCAUGAGCUUGGCAAAGAAAGAUGAGAAGACAGACACCCUUGAAGACUUGUUUCCAACCACUAAAAUCCCAAAUCCUCGAUUUCAGAGAUUAUUUCAGUGUCUGCUGCACAGAGCUUUACAUCCCCGGGAGCCUCUACCCCCAAUUCAGCAGCAUAUUUGGAAUAUGCUGAAUCCUCCCGCUGAGGUGACAACGAAAAGUCAGAUUCCUCUCUCUAAAAUAAAGACCCUUUUUCCUCUGAUUGAAGCCAAGAAAAAGGAUCAAGUAACUGCUCAGGACAUUUUCCAAGACAACCAUGAAGAUGGACCUACCGCUAAAAAAUUAAAGACUGAGCAAGGGGGAGCCCACUUCAGCGUCUCCAGUCUGGCUGAAGGCAGUGUCACCUCUGUUGGAAGUGUGAAUCCUGCUGAAAACUUCCGUGUUCUAGUGAAACAGAAGAAGGCCAGCUUUGAGGAAGCGAGUAACCAGCUCAUAAAUCACAUCGAACAGUUUUUGGAUACUAAUGAAACACCAUAUUUUAUGAAGAGCAUGGACUGCAUCCGAGCCUUCCGGGAAGAAGCCAUUAAGUUUUCAGAAGAGCAGCGCUUUAACAACUUCCUGAAAGCCCUUCGAGAGAAAGUGGAAGUUAAACAAUUAAAUCAUUUCUGGGAAAUUGUUGUUCAGGAUGGAAUUACUCUGAUCACCAAAGAGGAAGCCUCUGGAAGUUCUGUCACAGCUGAGGAAGCCAAAAAGUUUCUGGCCCCCAAAGACAAACCAAGUGGAGACACUGCAGCUGUAUUUGAAGAAGGUGGUGAUGUGGACGAUUUAGUAAGUACUUUUAAUAUGCACCUGGUGUUCUGUGAUUGAAGUCGCCUGAGCUGUAAAUACAGCCACAAAGGCUGAUUAUCUUAGACUUGUUGCUUAUUUGUGUUUUAAUUUCCAAUACAUCAGAAGCUUCCUACACCAUUAUAUAUUGCCAUUAUAAAUUCAAUCAGAUAGGUAAUUUCAUAAUGGGAAUUCCUGUGUUUCAUGGUGUCGGCUAUAUUGUUCAUUCAGAUUAAUCCUCUCCCUUGAAGGGCUGAAAAAGAGCUAGGGAGGCUAUUCCAUUAGUAGCAAAAUUUUGUAAUUCACUGAAAUUGCUGUUAACCAAAAAUAAGUAAUACAAGAUGCAGUUUGUGUGGGUUGACAAAUAAAAACAGCCCUUAAAAGGGCUACUUCUUAAAUGUUCUCAGUUAACUUAAUGUAAACAAAAUAGACCGAUAGGCAUUUGAGGAUUUCUGGACCCCAUUACACCAUGUUGUUGAUGGUUUACUACACAGCCUGGGAAGCUGUGUAGUAAAUGUUGUCUUUUGUAUCUAUCCUUAAUGUUUGGAAACUUCCCGCCUUUAAGCUUCAUAAUGACAACUGACCAACAAACACUACAUACUAUGAUGUCAACCUUUUUUAGAGACAUUCUCAUUACUAAAAUGAGUGGAUACUUGAAUGUUUAACUCCUAAAAUAAUGAGCGGUGAAUAAAUGAGCAAGUACAUGCAUGCCUUCCAAUGUAGAGUCAUUUUCAUUAAAUCCUCUCUCACCAGAGAAGCAGUGAUAUGAAAUUGGCCUGAUUCCUUUCUAAGUGUGUUGUUCUUGUUCACAGUUGGACAUGAUAUAGGUCGUGGAUGUAUGGGGAAUCUAAGAGAGCUGCCAUCGCUAUGAUGCUGGGAGUUCUAACAAAACAAGUUGGAUGCGGCCAUUCAAGGGGAGCCAAAAGCUCAAGAAACUCCCAGCAGGUUACCUGGAGGCGGAUCAUCUAAUUCUCUGCAGAAUGAAUACACACAUAUAUAUUACAAGGGAUAAUUUAGACCCCAUACAAGUUUAUAAAGAGUCAUUGUUGUUUUCUGGUUGGUGUAUUAUUUCUUCUGUGGUCUUACUGAUCUUUGUAUAUUACAUACAUGCUUUGAAGUUUCUGGAAAGUAGAUCUCUUCUUGACCUAGUAUAUCAGUGACAAUUGCAGCCCUUGUGAUGUGAUUAGUGUCUCAUGUGGAACCAUGGCAUGGUUAUUGAUGAGUUUCUUAACCCUUUCCAGAGUCCUCCUUUGCCUGAUCAUCCAACAGCUGUCACAGCUUGUGUUGAGCAAGCAGUAGCAUUUGCUUCCUCCCAGCAAGCAGCUGGGUUAGGAAAACCAUGGGUAAGGACGGACUCACUUCUCUUUUUAGUUGAGGCCUUUUAGUUACCACAUUACUCUGCCUCUGUAUAUAGGUGGUUUUCUUUAAGUGGGGUGGGAAGGGGAGCACAAUUUCCCUUCAUACUCCUUUUAAGCAGUGAGUUAUGGUGGUGGUCUCAUGGAGAAAAGACCUUUUGGCCCAGUCUCUGCCAUAUCAGUGAACCUUUAAAAACUCAAAAACUGAGAAAUUUACUACAGUAGUUAGAAUUAUAUCACUUCACUAUUCUCUACUUGCAAGCCUCAAAGAGAGAAAGUUUCGUUAUAUUAAAACACUUAAGUAACUUUUCGGUCUUUUCCAUUUCUAAGUCAGCUUUCAUUUUUCUGGAUAGUGUCUCCUUUACUAAAUAAGAAAAUAACAAAGCCCUUAUUCUCUUUUUUUUCUUGUCCUCAUUCUUGCCUUGAGUUCCAAUUCCUCUUUGGUGUACAGACUUCUUGGUACCCAAUCACCUCUGUCUUCAGCACCCUCAUAAGUGGUCACUAAUACACAGUUUUGUACAUGUAACAUUAAAGGCAUAAAUGACUCA